AUGGAGCACCCGGACAUCCCCAGUCCUGAUUCAGAUGGCUCAGGGUCCUCUGAUGAGUACCCUCCCCAGUAUCCCAGGGCCAACUCAUCAUUCGGAGAGAUUCCUGAAGGCGCAAUCCAAACGCCUGCCACGACCAUCACGUCUUCCCCUCCAAAUCAUUCCCAAAGUCUCGCCUCAUGGCCUAGUACCCCGUCAACACGACCACGGGGCGCUAGUGUUGGCGCUGCCUCAAUUCUCGACAAAUCUGAUGGCCUUGCCAUGGCCGGCGACCCACGACUUCAGCGUCCGUCCGUCCCUGUACGAACUCCUUCCCACACCUAUGCCCCGCAACGGCGACCACCACAGUACAUAAGCCUUCAAGAAGACCGUCAACGAUCUUCAUCAGCCAAACGCGGAACCCGGCGCGAUCCGAACGCGCAAUACCGAGCCCAAGAGAAAGCCUACGUUCAGCGGAUUCGAGCGAACCCACAAGCUUGGUAUCAUCAUUUCAAAGACGCGCAGACAAACAGCAUGAUAGAGGGAGACGCCGAUCUAGAAGACCCUUCUCCCUCAUCUGAGGUAGCCUUCGAAGAUGAUUCCUACGACCCCGAUACCCAGCUCUUCCUUCCGGAUGAUAACCUACCGACGACGGAAGAACUCAAGCAUCCCAAGAACCAGGAACGACUUGAGUGGCAUUCGAUGUUGGCAUCAGUGCUGAAAGGUGACGUGGUGAAACAAGAGAAGCAGCGGUUGAUUGGGUCCGCGGAAUCCAAACGGUCGGCGGCUCAAAGCUAUGCUCUUUGGAUUGGGGUUCGGGCAAGGACAUGCGGCCGAAGUCUUCCUCUUCAGCGGAAACUGAUUGAGGACGCUCGGUCGCGUCUUGGCCCCGUUAUCGAGGAUAUCAUCAGUUUCCAGAUUAAAGGCGAGACUGAGAUUGGUAAACCCCCGAGAAAACAGGUCGAGGAUAUUGUGGAAAAGGUCGAGCGGUGCGAGGUUCUGUACUCGUCUCACAAAGAGAUGGAGAUUGCGAAUCCCCGUGUCGCUUCGGAGGAGUUCGUCUCCAGUCGCGCCGCUAUCUUUUCGUGGCACAACAUCACGGCCUUGAUCAACACCGAGCUGGCUGUGUUGCAGAGCUGGGUUGGAAAUGAGGCUCUCGACUUCAGCCAGCCCAGGGUCAAGUCUGCCAAGAACGACCUUUCAGAUGGCUCCUCCUUCCUGGAUCGCAUAAUGAAGGAAGAUGGCCUGAAGACUCUCCAGGAUGAGGACGGCAUGCUUCUUAGAAUACUUGCGGUCAUUCAGAAAGCAAAGAGUACUCUGAUUGAGAAUGCAGAAGCGUUUGCGGCGCGUCAUUUGCCGCCAUACAUUGAGGAACUGUUAACCCUGAUUAACUUCCCCUCUCGGCUUAUCCAGGAGAUCAUUCGAGUCCGUCUGUCCUAUGCCAAGAACAUGAAAGAUCCGGCUCAACAGGCUCCGAUCCUGAUCGACCAGAUGAUUUCCCAGUUUCAGAUUCUGAUGAAGGUUGCGGUUGAUAUUAAGUUCCGUUACCUUGAUGUCUCUAGGCCAGAACCUGGCUGGGACUUGCCACCAUGUGUCGACGAGAACUUCGAUAACUCGGUAUUGGAUGCCAUGAAAUACUAUUUCCGAUUGCUCAACUGGAAAUUGAAUGCAAACAAGAAUACCUUCAAAGAAGCCGAAAUCUUGGAACAGGAAUGGGGAUAUUCCUACGAUAUCGGCCGCCGUCUCGACGGUGGAGAUAUCGAGGUCGCUGAACAGUUCAGUGCUUUGACUGCUAGAUCACUGCAACGUCUUAUGAUUCAUUUCGAACGCGAACUAGUACCGAGACCUCAGGAAACCGUGUCGGACAUGGACAAGCGAUACAAGAGUAUCUUGGAUUCAACGCGUAUUCGCCAACGCAAGCUGUAUCGAUUCUCCAAGUUCUUGUGCCAGCUUUUCGAAAAUGCUUCCGAAUACAACAUCACCACCGACAUAGCAUAUGAUUUCUUCGAGGCACUCUUAAUCUCCGACCACUUCCUCGUCACUUCCUCCGCAGCUGGUGGCCAGAAAGGAGUUUAUUUGGUUGCGCAUCCUGCUUUGUGGAACCGUCCUGUUGACAUCCAGGCCAUUCUAUCUACUUCAUUCAAGGAAGAUGACACGGCCGAGGAUGUCCACACCCCAUAUGUCCUGGUCAUUCGCCCUGAAAGACCUCUUGCGUGGGCCGGCAAGCAAAUGCAAGUAGAUUUUUUGGAGCAUCCAACCGAUGUGCGGCUGGGCAAGCUGCGUCUAGUUGUCGAAGGCAUGCAGGAACGCCUGCAAAAUGCUCGGAUGGAAUUAUCGCGACUCACGGGAAUUCAGCUUGAUAUGGUUAUCGAACAGCGUGCCAAUCUUGGUCGUGUCAACGUGGAGUUGAACAAAAUCAAGAAGAUCUCUUUCAAGCUGUCCAUGACUAUCAUGGAUAGUGUGGCUGUCAUUAAAGACCAGCUGCGAGAGAUCAAGUGGGAGAACAAUGAUCUGAUUCAGGCCUGUUAUGCAUUUGCAACUGAGUUCGGCAAACGGUCCUCCAAUUAUGUUGACGCCAACAGACGCGCGAUGAACAGCGCUCGGUUGGUGGAGUUGUCUCUUGACUGGGUCUCGUUCGUCUGUGAUGAGUGCGAUGCUGCAGACCGAAAGACUUUCAAGUGGGCUGUCGCUGCUCUUGAAUUCGCGAUGGCGAUUACAUCCAGCCGGCAUCUUCUGUCCAUGGAUGAGGACCAGUUUAGCAGCCUCAGAUUGAAGGUUGCAGGGUGUAUGUCACUCCUUAUUUCCCACUUCGAUAUUAUGGGUGCUCGCUCCUCACUCGCGGCAAAGAACGAGAAACGCAUGGAAGAGCGCAAUGGUGCCCGACAGAUAGGCGCUGGCCGGAUCACCAGUGACGAAGAAGCGUCAAAGCUUGUUCGUGACACAUGGCAUGCACGUGUUUUGGAGAUUGAAGAGCGAAGAAUCGAGGAAGAUGCCAAGCGCCAAGCUCUAGGACGAGUGCUGGAAGGAUCUAAUGAGGCUGAUCGUUCUCUCACGGUUCUUUCUUCAUCUGCCACAAAUGUCACUUUGCGUUGGCAGCAGGGGCAGUUCAUCGGAGGAGGUACAUUUGGUUCCGUCUAUGUGGCUAUCAACUUGGACAGCAAUUAUUUGAUGGCUGUCAAGGAGAUUCGUCUUCAAGACCCACAACUCAUCCCCAAGAUCGCCCAGCAAAUUCGAGACGAAAUGGGCGUACUUGAGGUGCUCGAUCAUCCUAAUAUUGUCUCCUACCAUGGCAUUGAGGUGCAUCGUGACAAGGUUUACAUCUUCAUGGAGUACUGUUCCGGUGGCUCGCUUGCUAGCUUACUGGAGCACGGCCGCAUCGAGGAUGAAACAGUCAUCAUGGUUUAUGCACUCCAACUCCUGGAGGGUCUCGCUUAUCUCCAUGAAGCCCGUAUUGUGCAUCGAGACAUCAAGCCCGAAAACAUUCUGCUUGAUCACAACGGUGUGAUCAAAUACGUUGACUUUGGUGCCGCCAAGAUAAUUGCCCGCUCAGGCCGGACAGUUGUCCCCAAUGAAGGCCCAGUGGGUGGUGGUCACAAAGACCCCAUGCUGAACAAAGAACCAACGCGCAAGAAUCAAAAGACAACCACCGGAACUCCUAUGUACAUGUCCCCGGAAGUCAUUCGCGGCGACGCCUCAGACCUGGCCAACCGCCAAGGAGCUGUGGACAUCUGGUCUCUAGGCUGUGUGGUUCUGGAAAUGGCCACAGGCCGUCGUCCAUGGUCCACCCUAGACAACGAGUGGGCGAUCAUGUACAAUAUCGCGCAAGGCAAGCAGCCGGCGCUUCCAUCCAGCGACCAACUCAGCGACAUGGGCAUCGACUUCGUUCGCCGCUGCUUCGAAUGCGAUCCCAGUCGCCGCCCUACCGCCGCCGAACUCCUGCAGCACGAAUGGAUCGUUUCCAUCCGCCAACAGGUCGUCAUGGAACCCCCUACCCCGGGCAGCGAAUACAGCAGCAGUGGCAGCUCUACCAAUGGUCGCCAGGGCUCCACAUACCUGUGA